UUUUGGUUUUUGACGUGUGCAUGCGGUAGAACAGAAGAGAUCCAAAAUGGCGUCCCUUCUGUAUCGGGCAGUUUCGACCGCUGGAAGGACAGUGGUGCAAAACGGACAAAGGGCACUAGGAGUGUGCCCCAAUGUCCACGUGACCCAGCAGAGGCGGAACCUGUCCCUGCAUGAGUACCACAGUCUGCAGCUGCUCAGGGAUGCAGGGGUGGUCACGCCUCGUGGGGAGGUCGCCAGGACACCUGAGGAGGCCUUCGAGCUCGCCAAGAAACUGGGUGGAGAGGAUGUGGUGAUUAAGGCACAGGUGCUAGCAGGUGGGCGUGGCAAGGGAUCCUUCGACAGCGGUCUCAAAGGCGGAGUCAAGAUCGUUUUCUCCCCCGAGGAAUGUAAGGAUAUCGCCACCAAGAUGCUGGGGCACAAGAUCUUCACCAAGCAGACGGGGGAGGCGGGGAGGAUAUGUAACGAGGUGCUGCUGGUGGAGAGGCUGUAUCCACGGAGAGAGUUCUACUUCGCCAUCGUCAUGGAGAGGGCAUAUGGGGGCCCAGCCAUUGUAGCCAGCUCCCAGGGAGGAGUCAACAUUGAGGAGAUAGCAGAGGAGUAUCCAGAUGCCAUCAUCAAGGAAGGCAUCGACAUCGUGGAAGGGUUGUCAAUCGAUCAAGCCCUGAGAGUAGCAGAGAGAAUGAAGUUUAAUCCCAAACUACAAAGAGAGGCAGCAGAGAUGAUGGUGAAGAUCUAUGAGAUGUUCAGCAGGACAGACGCCACCAUGGUGGAGAUCAACCCCAUGUCAGAAGACUCCAAUGGAAAAGUUUACUGCAUGGAUGCCAAGGUGCGUUUUGACGACAACGCGGAGUAUCGCCAGAAGGACAUCUUCGCCCUGCGGGACUGGUCGCAAGAGGAUGAACGUGACAUCCAGGCCGCCAAGGCUGAUCUCAACUACAUCGGCCUGGAUGGGAACAUCGGCUGCCUCGUGAAUGGGGCGGGGCUUGCCAUGGCAACCAUGGACAUCAUCAAGCUCCAUGGAGGAUCUCCAGCCAACUUCCUGGAUGUGGGCGGUGGGGCCACAGCAGCUCAGGUCACGGAGGCCUUCAAACUCAUCACUUCUGACCCCAAUGUUCAGGCCAUUAUGGUGAACAUCUUCGGAGGCAUCAUGCGCUGUGAUGUCAUCGCUCAGGGGAUCAUAGAAGCCGCCACAGAGCUGGAUCUCAAAGUUCCCAUCGUAGUGAGGUUGCAAGGAACACAAGUAGACGACGCCAAGGCUUUGAUUGCUGCCAGUGGCCUGAGAAUCCUAGCCUGCGACAACCUAGAUGAUGCAGCUAAGAUGGCUGUACGAUUGUCUACCAUUGUGCAACUUGCUAAGCAGACAAAAGUCGAUGUGAAGUUUGAGCUACCAACAUUCUGAGCACUCUUCCUACCCACCCCUCCAGUCUGUUGGACUGUUCCAGAAUGUUGUAUGUAUGUGUCCGAUUUGGGAAGUACCAAGUAGAGAAUAUUUGACUUUUGGGGGGUUUUACGAAUUUUUAUGUUGGGAUUUGCUGUCAAAUGAUAUGCACACUAAGUGAACAAAUAUAUAGAGCCUUUCUGUCCGAGUGAAGCAAUGUGUCACAGUAUACAAUGUACCACAUACUUAUUACAUACAGCUUUGCUAAAGUCUAUAAGAGUCAAGAUUUUGUGAUUAUUGGCAAGUCUUGGCAUGUAAAUGUCUACCAAUAGGUUUAUGAUUAUAUACACGAUAUGGGAGCAAUGUAGCAUGUAAAAACACAAGAAGGAGGAAUUUUCAACACUAAGGUUUAGAAGAAAACUAUUUUACUUGCUAUCAUGUUUUCCACAAUUGUACAUGUAAGAGAAGGUCACAAUUUAUUUGUACGAAACCUUUUGUUUUGUGUCGAUGAAGGUUAGACAUCCAGGUAGUAAGAUACGCCAUUAAUAGCAAUUACUGAAGCAACUGGAUAUGUGUUUUGCCCUUUCAAUAGUAUUUAUACCCAGAAAAACAGGUUGGUUGUACAGGCUUGUGUGCUUCUCUGCUCAUUCUUGUAAUCUUACAACCUAGUCAGAAUCACAGAUCCCAUUGCAUGCUGGGAGCUGUGGAGCAUUAUGGGUAGCGCAAAGACUAAGCAACAUCGUCUAUCAUGACAACACGUACAUGUAUGUGGUUCAUGUGUACUGCACCGGUCUCUGUUGUCAUUAUAAUGUUCUAUGUCUCCUUUUUCUACCCAUAUUGCUUUGCACCUACCAGCAUGCAAUGUGAUCUAUGAAAAACAUUGUCAGCUUUUACAGUGUAUGCAUUACUAAUGAAAAUGCAUUUGGAACAGUAGCAAAUUGCUAUGAGAAAGUGUAUCGUCUAUUGCCGUUGAAGAAUACAAGAUAUAGUUGAAUACAAAUUGAAUGUACCAUGAAACCUUCCAAGAUAUUUGUAAUAGAAAGCAGCCCUAUAUUAGCUUUGACAUAAUAAGAUAGCAAAGUGAAGUAUAUUCUGUGCUUUUUUUUUUGUUUACAAAAUGUUUGUGUAUUACAAAUUGGAUGGCUCAAUACGGAUUGUUGCUGCUGUAGAAAUUUGCGGAAUAAACCUGGAUAUGGAAACAUUGUCAAUGGGACAACA